AUGGGUCAGCAUUCAAGCAGCCAACGUUAUACUCUUCCUUACCAAACACACAUUUCACCAUCAAUCACCUAUGGCACUCAAGUCCAUGUCUAUGGCACUUCCACUGGUGAUCGAUUCGAAGUGAACUUAACCAACGCCAGAGGCGAUAUUGUGUUGCACAUCAAUCCUCGUGUCAGUGAUCGACAACUUGUACUCAAUGCUGCACCUGGUGGUGGUUGGGGAAAUGAAGAACGAAAAUCGUUGAAUAUCUCAUCUGGUCAAUCGUUCAACAUCAUCAUCAUGGUCACAGAACAAGCUUUCAAAAUUGCAGUGAACAAUCAACAUGUUGCUGAUUUCAAUCAUCGUAUGCCAUUCACUGCAGCUGACACUGUCUCCAUCAAAGGUGAUCUCAACUUAGCAGAUGUGCAAAUCUAUCCAGGCUUUAGUCAACAAGGUCAACCAUGGCGAUUUUCGAUGGAUACUCCGGUUCCCAUCAACAUGUUUCCUGGUCGUGUGUUGUACAUCAAUGGCCGAUCAAAUAACAAUGCAUCACGGUUCGAGUUCAAUUUAUUGACAAGUGCACAUCAAGGUGGUGAUGUUGCCUUUCAUUUCAAUCCUCGCUUUGAUCAACGUGAAGCUGUUCGCAACUCAUGUCAAGGUGGUGGUUGGGGUGCUGAAGAAAAACAAGGAGGAUUUCCAUUGCAGGCAGGUCAAGAGUUUGAGAUUCAAAUUAUUUGCUUUCCUGAGCAUUACCAGGUGAACUGUAAUGGUCAACCAUGGUUUACUUAUCGUCAUCGUGUACCUUAUCAAGCAGUACAAGCAUUGCAAGUGAAGGGUGAUGUCACAGUUUCAAAUGUUCGUGCACUGUAG